GUUAUUAAAACAAGAUUAGCAGUUAGCUGGGAAGACUUGCCAUGUCACAGUACCUUUUUCAACAAAAUUGCAGUCUGGACAUGCUGAGUUAUUCGAGUGGUUAAUUUAGUGAAUUGUAACAGAACAAGUGAAGCCUCAGAGGGGUUACGAGGUUUUUGCUUCAUCACAACACUGCAGCAAUUUUGAAACAUAAUUCAAGUGCAUGAGAAAACUGAAGUCUGUUUCGAGUGCAAAGCAUAAAUGUGUAACACUUUUUUUGAAAGCAACAUAAGGAAAUCCAUGACUUAUUUAAAGAUUAUGAAAUCAAGUAUUGUUAUGUGGACAGAAAUAAAAGAACAGCAUUCGUCACUCUGUUAAACGGAGAACAGGCUCAAAGCGCCAUUCAGAAAUUUCACCAGUAUUCUCUUCGGGGAAAAGAAAUAUCGGUGCAGCUCCAACCAACAGAUGCUUUGCUGUGCAUUACUAAUUUGCCCAUUUCAUUUACGUUGGAAGAGUUUGAAGAGCUCGUGCGUGCAUAUGGCAAUGUCGAGAGGUGUUUUUUGGUGUAUAACGAGGUUACUGGCCAUUCAAAGGGCUACGGCUUUGUGGAAUACAUGAAGAAGGACUCUGCUGCCAAGGCGAGACUGGAACUUCUGGGGAAACAGUUGGACGAGAGCACCCUCUUUGCACAGUGGAUGGACGUGAACCAGCUGACAACAAAUCUUAUUCACUCCAAGUGCCUUUGUGUAGAUAAAUUUCAAAAAGACUAUGCUGAUUCAAAAGAACUGAUCCAAGCUUUUUCACUAAAGUAUAAACCCGUUUUCUGCCAGUUUGCUCAGGAUGAAGACAGUUUCAUUGGGGACUUUGCAGUGGUUGAGUAUGAAACUGCAGAGCAGGCUGAGAAGGUCCAAGAAGCCACCGACGGGAUGAUGAUCAAAGGGAGGAGAAUCCAGGUGUCCUACUGUGCUCCAGGAGCGCCGGGCAGGAGCACGUUAGCGGCACUCAUAGCAGCGCAGAGGAUGAUGAGGAACAAUAGGAAAGGCUUGCUUCCAGAGCCUAAUCCAGUGCAGAUUAUGAAAAGUUUGAAUAACCCAGCAAUGUUGCAAAUGCUGCUGCAGCCCCAGUUGCGUGGACAUGCUGUUAAACCUGCAGUUCUUGGAGCAUCUGCAGGUUUACCUCAUCUUAUAAACUCAGCAGUUGGCCCACCUUUUUUGCAGUUGAAUAAAGUUCAUCAGAGUUCGAUUCUGGGGAGCACAUCCAACCUGCUACUGCAGAGCCCGGCUCACCUCCCGGUGCCACAGCAGCAGCUCAUGAAGAUUGAAAACCUCCAGGCUAAUAGUAAACCGGGUUUGCUGGGAGAACCUCCAACAAUGCUACUUCAGACAGUUCUGGGAGUAGGGGUGAUGCCGUCAGUGAGCUCAGGCAUGGGAGCCCGUGGAGAAGCUCUUAAGUCAUCUAAUCUGAGUGCAAUGCAAGCGGCGGCGGCAGGGAUGGGCAUGCUGCCAUUCUUCCCCAAUCAGCACAUUGUUGGACCAGCUCUGCCAGGGCAAAAUAACGCUCCGGAUAAACAACCGGCUACCGAAGCGGUUGUCUCGGGAUCGCAGCCUUAUCACCAGACCUUAACAAAUCUUUCUGCGGGAGCUUUGCGGGCCAGCCAUGCCAAACAACAAAAUCAGCUCAAAAAUACUGACACAAAUUUGGGGACUCCCUUGAAAAAACAGACUUCGCUGCUGGGAGAACCACCAAAAGAAAUACGGCUUAGUACCAACCCCUACUUGAAUUUGGCAAGUGUGUUGCCUGGUAUAUGUCUUCCAGCAAUUGCCAGCAAAGCCUCCAGCCCACCGCAGCAGACCGGGCUUCCGAACAGCGUUGUGGAUGCUGCCGUGUCUCAGGGAACCACAUCACAACACGCCAUGGAAAAUUACUUUAAUUACUCCCAGCAGCAUGGGGAAUACACACAGGAGGCUGUUCAGCACUGGUAUCAGCAUUAUGCUCAGGCAUAUAACUCUACCCAGGCAAGAGUCGAUGAAUUUGAAAAUGAAGCCUCUGAGGAAUCUACAGGUGGAUCUCACCCCGACUACAGUACCUGUUUGCAGGUCAUGCCUACACUUUACAGUGGAGCCCAGGGACCAUUCCAGCCAGGCAGCUUGUACCUUCCUCCACAAAAACCAGUAAUGAAGGUGGCUCCGCCGAGAAGCGAGAAGCGCAGCUCUUCGUACCUCAUUCCCUCCGCGGAUCCCGGCCCCGGGGAGUUCCUGGGCCCGCAGACUCAGGGCUCCGCAGCGCGUUACGCAGAGUCCUCGCUGAAAAAAAAGCGCGUUUAUUGAGACCUAAACAAUCCCUCCCGCCCUCGGGUUGUGAAGAUGGGCUUUUCGUACCUCUGCUAUUUAUUGCUGCCUUAACUUCAGACAAAUAAUUCUUCUUUCUGUGUGGCUUAGAGGUAUCCCAGCAGGAACAACGGGCAGAUUUGCCAAGGAAACGGUACGUUUGCUACAAGAUUAGCCAUUUCGGGGUAGUCAGAUUUGUCUUCUGAAAGGACGGAUGGUGUUUCCUUUGUCGUCUGCCACUGAGGGAAUCGGUGGGCUGGGGCUGACAGAGCCAAGGAACUCGGUGAGUUUUGGUACUUAACGUACCAGCCGAAAGCAAUAAAAAUCCUGAGGAGGGAAAGCUGAUCCUUUCUCUGCUCCUCGGGCUGAGGAAGCUGAAAGAUGAAGUAUUGACAGUAAUUUUUUUUUCUUAUUUUUUUAACUCAGACUGUGGGGUUUUUUUCAAUCUUUAUUUUUUUUUUUUUUUCCAGGAUUGAGUUCUGUAUUUACAGCCUUUAUAUUUUUAAUAUUUCCUCUUAAUCCUGGAAUGGAGACAUACCAAAUGUAUUACCAGAGCCUCUGUGAUGUUUUUUCAAUAAAUGUUUGUUAAAAGUAA